AACAGCCCGGAGGAUUUCUACCGCCUGCCAUGACUUCUUGAAACACUACCUGGGGAGAAAAGUCGAGGGCAAGACGUUGCUCUGCUUUAUUCGCAGCUUCAUUACAAUUGUCCAAUGUGAUAGGACAUUACAGGACAGAGAACAACGCCGAAGCGGUUGUAGGCACAGCCUGUUGUUGGACUACUUUACUUUAACGUUUUCGAAAAGGGAGGCUACUCGGGUACAUGGAUGAGUGAAGAGAAGCUGAGAAGCUCCCCCGCUGCUUUUAGAGAGUGAGGAGGAUUAGGCUGGAGCUCAGUGGAGGCACGACGGCACUCUCACACGGCAACCGGAGCUGGAGCCAUGAGCAGGGCGCUUACGGAGCACAUCAGCAGUAGCUUCCGAGAAGAUGCUCCUCGUCCUCCGGUACCGGGGGAGGAGGGAGAGGCGUCAUGCUACAACCCCGGCAGAUCUGCCAAAAUGAGAGCCCAGAGCAAGGUUAAAGAUACUCCCGCCGCCGCGCCUCCCGGCUCCACACCGCGGAGGAACGAGGAUGGACUCGGGGAGCCAGAGGGCAGCGCGUCCCCGGACUCACCCCUAGUCCGGUGGACAAAGUCUCUGCAUUUUCUCCUGGGUGACCAAGACGGCGCUCACCUUUUUAGGACCUUUUUGGAGCGGGAGAAUUGCGUGGACACUUUGGACUUUUGGUUCGCCUGCAACGGCUUCAGGCAAAUGGACUUAAAGGAUACCAAAACGUUGCGAGUUGCCAAAGUUAUUUUCAAGCGAUACAUUGAGAACAACAGCAUUGUCUCCAAGCAGCUGAAACCCGCCACCAAGACCUUCAUAAAGGAUAGUAUUAAGAAACAACAAAUAGACUCUGCCAUGUUUGACCAGGCACAGACUGAAAUUCAGUCCAACAUGGAAGAGAAUGCAUACCAGAUGUUUUUGACCUCUGACAUAUACCUCGAAUACGUGCGCACGGGCUGUGAAAACGCGGCAUACAUGAACCAUGGCAGUCUUGGCAGCCUCAAGCUGAUGUGCGGAUACCUUCCUCCUCUCAUGGAGGAAGAGGAGUGGAGUUGUAAUGAUCUGAAGGCAAAAACGUUAGGGUCUGUGGUUGGACUGUCUGCGAAAACCCUGAGGGCUACUGCUACCAUCCGGACAGCAGCUGAAGUGCUGGAGAAUAGUUGCAGGUCCCAUCGUCGAGGAGACCCUGCCAGUCCCUACUUUGUCAACUCCGGCUACAUUUUUGCUCCUGCCACCAGUGCCAACGACAGCGAGAUCUCCAGUGAUGCUACGACAGAUGAUUCAAUGUCCAUGACGGACAGUAGUGUAGAUGGAAUCCCUCCAUAUAAGCUGGGCACUAAGAAGCAACUCCAGCGAGAGAUACAUCGCAGUGUCAAGAUCAAUGGCCAGAUAACGCUACCCCACUUUCCUAGGACGCAUCGGCUGCCUAAGGAGAUGACCCCUGUUGAGCCGUCAGCCUUUGCGGCACAGCUCAUAUCCCGGCUGGAGAAGCUGAAGCGAGAGCAGGACACCAUGAGUUCAUUGGAGGAGAGGCUGCAGCAGAUCCAGGAGGAGGAGGAAAGGGAGGAGAGCGGUGACCCCACCAUCACCACCUCCCUCAAUCACCCUCUGCUCCCGUCUGGCAGCCAGUGCGACGAAGACCCCCAGGCUAUCCUGGACGAGCAUUUAUCCCGUGUGCUGAAGACACCCGGCUGCCAGUCACCAGGUGUGGUUCGGCACUCGCCGCGCUCACGCUCCCCAGAUCGGACAGAUGCUCUGGUGUCCUCUGGCCACGGACCCUUCUUUGGUGCCUAUCCUGGGCCCGCCAAGGUUCUGAUGACAGGCAGGCAAUCCACAAAGCACAUCCACCACCACUACAUUCACCAUCACCACGCUGGGCCCAAGACCAAGGAGGAGAUAGAGGCCGAGGCGGCUCAGCGCGUGCAGUGCCUCUGCCCUCCAGGGGGCGCCAAUUAUUCCGACUUCACCCCUGCUCGCUGCAGCACUUUGUCCAAACGGCCGAUCAAGGCCACCGAUGAGGGCGUGUCUUCCCCGCGCCUUCCCCUAGAUGCCACCGACCGCUCUCAGAAUGUUUGGCAGUGGAUCCUAGAAAGUGAGAGGCAGGGCAAGCAUAAGCCACACAGCACUCAAGGCCUAAAGAAGCCCAACCUGCUCGACUCCAAGACUCUGCCCAGUCGGACUCACUCCUCUUGGGGCGGCGGCGGCAUUGGCAGCGGGGCUCACCUCCGUGGUCACCACCCUGGCCACCCGUUUAUCCAGGACCCGGCCAUGCCACCCCUGCCCCCGCCCAACACCCUGGCACAGCUCGAGGAGGCCUGCCGCAGACUAGAAGAGGUCUCCAAGCCACCGAAACAAAGGCAUUCAACAGCAGCCAGCAUCCUUCAGAGAGACAGGAGCCAUCCAGCAGCUGGAGGCAGCCCGCUUGCCAGCCCUGGACUCCAAGCAGACGAGUCUAAGGAGCUCGUGGUCACCUACUUCUUCUGUGGUGAGGAGAUCCCUUAUCGCAGCAUGAUGAAGACCCACUGCCUCACCCUGGGACACUUUAAGGAACAGCUUAGCAAGAAAGGCAACUACCGGUACUACUUCAAGAAAGCAAGCGAUGAGUUUGAGUGUGGUGCCGUGUUCGAGGAGGUGUGGGAGGAUGCCGGCAUGUUGCCCAUGUAUGAGGGCAAGAUCCUGGGCAAGGUGGAGAGGAUGGACUAAAAGCCACUUUGUUGCCAACCAACCAAUGCCCUUCCCCUGCCCAACCAAAAGCUAAACUGUCCCUAAAAGAAACUUGAGCAAGAGACUCUUUGUAAUUAACAAAAAUACUCUGGACUCCUUUUUUUUUGUUUUUUUUUUCUAUUUCUUAAUAUUAAGCUAAACAGAGUUAAUAUAUCCAGCACAAGAGGAGUGAUUGAAGGAAGACGAGCCAAUGAAGUAUGCCGAACCCAGAGGAGGUUCCGCCCCUCCCUGACUUUAUCAACCAAUCAGCCUUAGAAACACAAGGGAAUGAUACGAAUUUAAAAAACAACAUGAUGAUGAUGAUUGGAGGCCAGUGGGGGGGAGACCCCGCCUCUUGAAUAUAACCACUGAAGAUGUAGAUGACUGUUUUGUUGUGAUGUGAUGAGAGACUGAUGUUCACGCCGCCUUUCCCCGCCGAGUGCGACGGACUAGCAGGCACUGAUGACGCAGAGCCACCAACCUGCUCUCAACACUCCAACAUUGAUACUAAAACGUCUGUACAUGUGCAUAUACAUACAUGCAUAUAUGUAUAUAUACAUGUAUCAUAUAUAGAGAUGCUUUUUGUCAUGAGUUGAAAGUUUUUAUUAAGUAUUUAUUGAAAAGAAACCCACUCUUUUUCCCGUUCCUAAGUCUUCUUAAACCUGUGUCCCUCCCCCUCCCUAUUUCCAGCCAAUGGGCAAGCUGCUUUGAAUGUUGGGAGAAUACUGUGGUGAUAUUGUUUAGUGUUUGUUUUUGUCUGUUUUUACUUUACACAAAGGAUGUGACACUAGCCUAGCACCUCCCAUAGCCUUGUCGCCCCGUCUGAUCCAAACUAACAACCUUAGCAGUGGUCUUGUUCCGAGGCGCACUCGCUCUUCCAUUCUAAUGGUCAAUCCCAGUCUUAUAUGCUGCUGAUAGUUUGUAAUGUUAAGUUUGUCUCACUAGUAUUUCCUCUCCCUCGUUCUCCCCCUCCCUCUCUUUGUCUCAGUCCGGCGACAGAGCUCAAUCUUUUUUGUUGUGCCUUUGUUUGUAAAUCAGGCAUUGCACGAGGGGUGGGGGGGGUGAACACAGUUGCAGAAACACACAGAGAGGAGACCUGGAGCACAAGCUGUACCAUCUAAUAAUGGCAGUGUUUACAGCCCGCACACCAAAAUAACUUGCGCUAACAAGUUCGGGUCACUUAGAGCGACUUCUCGAGGAAGUUAGCUAUCGUGUCAAAAAAACAGAAAAAGAAAAAAAGUGAAGAAUUAUGGCUCGGAUAUCCUUUGAAUGUUGUUACAGUAACAUCGUAUAUAGCAGAGCUCCUGUAUACAUUGUAAUUAUGCAUUCUGAAGUAUGGAUACUGACACAUGUGAUGCACACACACACACACACACAUAAACAACACACACACAGUAUCGCUGGUGUUUUAUGAGUACAGCACCUGUGCCUACAUGGAUGCCAUACCAUGUGCUACCCUGUUUCAGGGUUUUAAUAUAUAUCCCUUGGUUUUCAGAAGGGUUUUAUGUUGAAAAGAUAUUUUUAUGCUUUUAAUAAUAUCCUGUAAUCAUGUUGUUUUGUUUGUUUUUACACCACGGCCUUUUGUUUUGUUUCAUUCUAUCUAAACUGUAAAUUAUACAUUAUAUAAAGAGUUUCAUUUAAAG